CGCUCACUCGGUUCUCUUCCCAUACAUUCAAGGAACUGAAAAAGAGUAAAACCCUUGCUUCUUCCCAAUCCCAAGUAUAUCCAUUUCUUUCUCUUCUUCUUCUGAUUUAUAAUUUGCUUUUUCUUCUUCAUUUUCAUCCACUUUGAUAUUCCAAUUGGCGACAGUUUGAGCUCAUCCAAUGGCGGUACCUGUAGUUGAUGCUGGAUAUCUCAAUGAAAUCGAGAAAGUUCGUCGAGAUCUCCGAGCUCUCAUCUCUUACAAGAACUGUGCACCUAUCAUGCUCCGUUUGGCAUGGCACGAUGCUGGAACUUAUGAUUUUCACACUCAGACAGGGGGACCUGAUGGGUCAAUCAGGAAUGAGAAAGAGCUUAUGCAUGGUGCUAAUAAUGGCCUCAAAAUAGCAAUUGAUCUAUGUGAAACAGUGAAGGCUAAACAUCCCAAAAUUACAUUUGCUGACCUUUACCAGCUUGCUGGUGUAGUUGCUGUUGAAGUUACAGGAGGUCCUACCAUUAAAUUUGUUCCAGGGAGAAAGGAUUCAAUUGAUUCUCCAGAAGAAGGCCGACUUCCUGAUGCAAGACAAGGGUCUGGGCAUCUAAGGGAUGUAUUUUACAGAAUGGGUUUAUCAGAUAAGGAUAUUGUAGCACUAUCUGGAGGUCACACACUAGGAAGGGCACAUCCAGAAAGAUCAGGUUUUGAUGGGGCCUGGACUAGUGAUCCUCUGAAAUUUGACAACUCAUACUAUGUGGAGCUUUUGAAAGAGGAAUCUGAAGGUCUCUUGAAACUCCCAACCGAUAAAGCUCUCAUACAAGAUCCAACAUUCCGAUCAUUUGUCGAGGUUUAUGCAAAGGAUGAAGAUGUGUUCUUCAAAGACUAUGGUGAAUCACACAAGAAACUAUCUGAGCUUGGAUUUAAACCAUCUCAUUGUUACAACACAAUACUAGCCCAAAGUGCUGUUGGGGUUGGUGUGGCUGCAGCCAUAGUGGUUUUUAGUUAUCUGUUUGAGGUCAAUAGAAGAGUCAAUUGAAAACCCACAUACCAGAUUGGGUUUGAUUUGAUUGCUUUCUAUUUACCAACUAUGUUCCUUAAAUUGAGUAUGAAAUAACAAACCAUGAUUUAAGCAGAAUCCAACAGAGAUGGGAAAGGAAAG